AAGCAUCAGCUCGAUGAAUAGCCUGGUUGAAACAGAAACCAAAUCCGGGCAGCUUCCAUUUUUUUGUUUUGUCCCAUGUCAUUGUCACGUGAUAUACACCCCUCCAAGAUCCCCCACAAAUUCGCGACCAAAAUCCCAUGAGUCAACACUACCAGAACCUCUCCAAAUAACGUCACAUCAUGGCCUCCAAAUUGAGUCCCGAGGACUCGAUAGCCCUGAUCAAGGCCAACCUUGCUGAAGUCCUCAACCCCGAAAUCAUCGACAAUGUCAUUCUCAAGGAGAAACGCCCUCUCAAGGUGUACUGGGGAACCGCAACAACAGGACGACCCCAUUGUGGUUACUUCGUGCCCAUGAUGAAGGUAGCAGAGCUUCUUGCAGCAGGCUGUCACGUCAAGAUUCUUUUGGCAGAUAUCCAUGGCUACCUGGACAACAUGAAGGCCCCGAUCGAGCUUGUCGAGUUCCGCGCAAAGUACUACGAGAAGGUUAUCAAGUCGCUGCUGAAGGCUGUGGGUGUCGAUUUGGCGCGUUUGGAGUUCGUCCUAGGAAGCUCCUACCAGUUGAAUAAGGAAUAUACUAUGGAUAGGUUCAAGCUGGAGGGAAUCACAAGGAUCAAUGUUGCGCAGAAGGCGGGUGCUGAGGUUGUGAAGCAGACGGAUGAUCCUACGCUGGGGGGUCUGAUCUACCCUCUCAUGCAAGCCUUGGACGAGCAAUACUUGGAUGUGGACGCACAAUUUGGCGGUGUUGAUCAGCGGAAGAUCUUCACAUUCGCCAUGGAGAACCUGCCAAAGAUUGGCUACGGUGUUAGGGCACAUCUGAUGAACUCGAUGGUACCGGGCUUGGGAGAGGCUGCGAAAAUGAGUGCGAGUGACCCUGAUUCAAAAAUCGAUGUCCUGGAUGAGCCAGCCGCUGUCGAGAAGAAGCUGAAGAAGGCGAAGUGUGUACCGAAAGAGGUAGAGGGUAAUGGAGUCAUUGCAUUUGUGGAGCAUGUCAUUUUCCGUGCACUUGCGUUGAAGAACCCGAACCCGACAUUCACGGUCGAGAGAAGAGACGCGGAGCCACUCCUCUACACAUCUGUUGAGAAGUUGAAAGAAGACUAUACCGCCGAUAUCGUAUGUUACCCUGACAUCCUUUUUGUGUUUAUAAUGACUAACACUUCCAGCUCACGCCACAACUCCUCAAAGCCGCCCUUACAUCCCACCUCAACGAGAUCCUCAAGCCUAUUGUCGCCGAAUACCAAGCUUCUGAAGAUUGGCAAGAGAUCGCGCUCAAAGCCUAUCCACCCGAAAAGGCAGCCGUCAAGGUCAAGAAAGUUAAGGACAAAGGUGACCCUGCAAAACGAGCUGCUGCUGCUGCCGCGGCUGCUGCGAAGAAAGGUGUUGUUGCGCAACCAGAUGGACAUGUUGAGGGACCAGGUGCGGAACAGGUUACGGUUGGACCAAGUACAGAAGAAACUUUGCAAAAGUUAAAGGUUACUGAAUGAUAGAGUAGAAAGACCACAAAAUACCCAAGAGCGUCCAGACAGCCAAAACAUACUUUCUCUCUCGUUGCUGCUUUGCUAGCGCACAUUUUCCUCACACAAUAUGUAGAUACAGAUAGUUGGUUUUGUGUCCUUACCGUUGCUUCAGUAGGCUAGCGCUUACUUUCCCACUACCUUACUGGCGUGAUAUUGCCCUCUCAGCGCUGAUGUCGUCCUGGGCAGGUGAGUUGUAAACAGUCAAUUCGAUGUCUACGUGCCAAACGGAGCGGCGAGGUUAUGAGUUUGCAGAAUCCCACCAAUUCACGAACCAACACCUAAUUGCAAAGUAUACAAAAAUCUGCCCCUAUUGACUCCGCGAUGUAUCCUUAAUACAAAGAAUCUCCCUUCCAUAUCA